GAGGCUCGCGCAGGGGAAGAUGGAUUCCGCCGCUGCUGCAGGUGGCUCUGUCCCGGCGGCCGAGGCCGAGCAGCGCCCCCCGCACAUGGCCGCGCUGGUGCUGGCGCGCGGCGGCAGCAAGGGGAUCCCGCUGAAGAACAUCAAGCCCCUGGCCGGGCUGCCGCUCAUCGGCUGGGUGCUGCGCGCGGCAAUCGACUCCGGCGUCUUCCAGAGUGUGUGGGUUUCUACAGACCAUGAUGAAAUUGAGAAAGUGGCAAAGAAAUUUGGUGUAAAAGUCCAUCGCAGAAGCGCUCAAGUAUCUAAAGACACUUCUUCUUCUUUGGAGACCAUCCAAGAGUUUCUUCGUCAUCAUAAUGAGGUUGAUAUUAUAGGACAUAUUCAGGCAACAUCUCCCUGUUUACAUCCUGAUGAUCUUAUUAAAGUGUCAAAAAUGAUCCGAGAGGAUGGCUAUGAUUCUGUAUUCUCCGUUGUGAGACGGCAUCUGUUUAGAUGGAGUGAGAUAAAAAAAGGAGUUAACAAAGUGACAACGCCCCAAAACCUGGAUCCAGCAAAGCGGCCCCGGCGUCAGGAUUGGGAUGGAGAACUGUAUGAAAAUGGGUCAUUUUACUUUGCUAAAAAGGACUUGAUUGAAAAAAACUACUUACAAGGUGGAAAAGUGAUCUACUAUGAAAUGUGUGCUGAAUGCAGCGUGGAUAUAGACAUAGAUAUCGAUUGGCCUAUUGCAGAGCAAAGAGUGCUGAGAUAUGGCUAUUUGGGUAAAGAGAUAAAGCUACUGGUUUGCAGCAUUGAUGGAUGGCUUACCAAUGGUCACAGUUGUUUGUCAGAAGAUCAAAAAGAAAAAAGCUCUGGUGAUGAUAGAGGUGCUGAUGGGAUUUCCUUAUUAAAGAAAAGAGGAGUUGAGGUAUGGCUAAUCUCUGAAGAAGAGUGUUCAAAGACGAUUUCUGCUUUGAAAUUGGAUUGUGAGGUGAAAGUCAGUGUGACCCAUAAACGACAAGUUAUAGAAGACCGGAGAAAUAAAAUGAGUUUAUCCUGGAAAGAAGUGGCUUACUUAGGAUAUGAAGAAUCCGAUGUGGACUGCUUGAGGGAAGCUGGCAUGAGCGGUGUUCCUGCAGAUGCAUGUGCCGCUGCUCAGAAGGCUGCCGGCUAUAUUUGUAAAAGUAAUGGUGGCCAUGGUGCCAUUCAGGAGUUUGCAGAAUACGUAUGUCUGCUAAUGAAAACAGUGAAUUUGUGAAUUUUGCAUUAGGAAAGAAAACUCAAUGAACUGAAGAACUAAUGAGGAAAAACCCAAUUCCCUCCCCCAGGAUAAAUCCACAGAGUUAAAAGGGUAUUGUCAAAAAGUUCAGGUCCCUAUAUUGAUUUAAUUUUAAUAUAAUUAUUAAUAUAAAUGCUUUCAGACAUAUAAGCGAAAAAAGACAUAUAAAGAAAAGGUUUUUGUGUGUGUUUUCAUGAAACAAAAUUGCAGCAUUGUGUUACAGCUUGAGAACCACAAACUAAAACCUGUUGUUCUAUACUGACUGUCCAAACUCAGUGAAAUGCAAAACAUCAGUGGCUUAAAUGGUGAAAGAGAUGUAAUUUUAAAACUCUAGAUCCUCUUUAUGAGCUGGAAUUUUGUUAAUAAGAAAGAGAAGGAAAUUUGUAGUUGGAAAUCUCUUCUUCAUGUCUUUGCUACCUGGGCAUAAAAUGCUGCUGUUCUGAAAGGGCCUGAUCUAAUGUUGUUUAAGCAUUAGAGUGGGCUUUUAGUGACUUCACAAGGUGCAAGGCAAUAGAAAAUCAGUCCCGUAGGGUUUGUUUUGUUCUUAAUCUGCUACGAGUGAGCUUAUUUUAUCUUACAACCAUAUCUCUUCCAGCAUAUGCACAGACUCGUGCUUAUUAGAACUGUGAUUUACAAAAUCAUAACUGCUGCUUUCUCAUACUAUUAAGUAGUGCCUAAUAUACUGUAAAAUGAGUUAAUACGGUAAAAGCUCUUUUAUCUAGCACUUCACCAGCCAGCAAGCUCUAUAAAUUGGCAUUUCUGAUAUGCACUGAAAGUCUGGUGUAUAGUGUGGUUGGUGCAGGGCCAGCAGGGGGAUGGGGUGUGGGAGAGGUUGCGGGGUACACUCUAGGGGGGAGUUUGGGGCAGGGGGUUGGGGUGUAGGAGGGGCUCAUGGUGCUGGAUGCGGGGGGAGGAGGGCGCUCCCCUCCGGCAGCUCCCCAAAAGCAGCUCCCCAUCCCUGCUGUGCUGGCGGAGGCGCAGCCAGAUGGCUCUGCAGGCACACUAGCUCCAUCCCCACUCCCCGAGUGUUGACUGCGCAGCUCCCAGCCCAUUGGCCAGGAACCAUGGCUGGUGGGAGCUGCGGGGGAUGGGGGAGGGGCAGCGCCUGCAGACAGAGGUAGCGUACCUGCUUGGAGAGCCGUCUGGCUGCACCUCCACUAGGAGCAUCAGGGACGGGGAGCUGCCGGAGGUGAGCCCCCCCCCCCCCAUCCAGCACCUCGAGUCCCUCCCAAGUUCCCUUCUGGACCUAAACUCCCUCCCUGAACCCGGGCCCUGCAGCCAUCCCCCUGCGCUACAAACCCCUACCUCUGAGUUAACCAGCAUUUUUAAUUUGCCAGCACCCUCCGUUUCCCGAGCAUGCCAGUUAAAAAAGCUUUUAUUGUAAUGACAUAAAAAUCUUGUGUGAUAGGUUGUAUGUUGCUUAAUACAGACUUUUUGUUGCUUUUGGCUGAAUCCACUAACAUGGCUUAUGAUGUCAGAUGGGUGACCGCAAAAAAAAAUUUUAUUUUUUUUUUUUAAAUCCACUAGACAAUGAAAUAAUGCCUUCUGUGAAGUCUACUCAUUUUACACUAUUUAGGCCUAAUCCAAUUUGGUAUUGUACACCUCCUGCAAGGUAUUGGUUACUCUUGACUCCUAUUGAAUUUUAUUGAGGGUCGAUGCUUUUUACCUCGUGCAGAUCUGGCACUAUGGCUUUGGUCCAGCAAAGCACUUAGAUACAUGCUUAGUUUUAAGCAUGUGAGUAGUUCUAUUGAUUUCGGGAUCGUGCCUUAUAUUGUAAAGCUGAUCUCACUGGGACUACUUACAUGCUUAAAAUUAAUCAUGUUUUCCAAUGCUUUUUGAGCAGGAGGCUAAAUUUGCAGGUAGCUGGAAUGUUUAAGACAGUUCUGUUGCAGAAACUCUGUUUCUUUCUCCAAAGGCUGCACUUUCUCAUUGUGAAUAUUUGUGUCAGAUCACUGAAAGGAGAUGUGUCACAACCUAAGAUUUUCAGUAUAUGAAUGUAAUUGCUGGAAAAACUAUAAUUGGUAUCUUUAUCUCCAUUGGUAUGAAUCGUGGCUUUUUUUAUAUCAUGUUAAUUUAUGGAUGAUUUAUAAAUUGGUUUCCUUUUUGGGGGGGCGGGUUGGGUUUUUUUGUUUUGUUUUAUUUGCCUUAAAAAUGUCUUUGGUAUUGUAUUCAUACCUCCAUGGAUUUGUAAAUGUAAGGAGUUCUUCAAGAACAGCACUUAAAAAUGCAAAUCUGUUUCUGAUCUUCUGUUUAUCAGUGCGUCAAAUUUGACCAUAGAUUAUGCUUAAAAAAAAUCCCACUAAUUUUUAAUAGGAGCUGUGUGUAUAUAACUGAAGGCCAUACUGAACUGUAAAUAGUUUUUAUUAUAACUGUCAAACAACAUGUUAAAUUAUAGUGGUGUCAGUUUUGGGAGUUCAGUACGGAUGUAUUGCCUAUCACCUCCUUUUACUGUUGUUCAGUUAAUAUGGUAUAUCUAAUUAUUUGUUGCUCUUAUUAUUUAUUUACUUUGUUAUAACUGCAUAAUGCUUAAAACUGACUUCCCUCCCCCAAUUUAUUUGUUGUAGGGUUCCUUGUGAUUUUUUUUUUUCCUUAUUGCACUAAUCACUACAAAAUGAUCAUUGAAGUAUUUCUUUGUGGAAAACGUAGAGGUUUUGUAUAAGAUGAAUUACAGGGAUUCUGUCAACAGGUAUAGGAAAAGCUUGACAUAUUUUGGACUAUGCAACCGUCCCUUUGACAGUGUCCCUUUUAACUCAUGUAGUCUCAAUAGUGGUAAAACUGCAGAAUUUGUACCAUUUAUGGUUACGACUCAGCAAGGUACUUAAAAUGAUGCCUCAGUUAAAUUAGUCAUGUGUUUAAUUACCUUGCUUAGUCAGGGUCUAUAUAGUCAUGUUUGAAUAAAUGUUUGUUAUCGAUGGGUAAUUUAAAGCAGGAUGACAGUCACUGUACUAAAUUUGCUUCCUUUCUCCUCUACAUUAGAGACAGCAGACUUUUAUAUAUGAAAUGUUUGAAUACUUGGAGUUACAAAAAGUUAGUACUAUGUAUACGCAAGAAAUCUGGUGUAUCUUUUUGUCUAAUGGGCAGAAAGAAUUGGUAACUGUUAAAUAAAAUGUUCACACUUCUGCCAAAAUACUUUUAUUUUUGUUGAAAAUGUUUUAAUAUGAGCAUCUUGCAUACAACAUACAUAGGACGUUUACGGCAGCAAGGGUUUUCAGAGAAGGUACUUCUAGGGGUAAUUUUAAAAAGCAUUAUGGCUUCUUGGGUGUCUGAUUUAGACUCUUACUCAGAAAAUACUUAAGCACGUGCUUAAAGUUGAUGGGACUGCUCCUAGUGCAUAAAGUUAAGCAUGUGUGUAAGUUGGACUUUAGGUGACCUGGGUUCAAAUGCUUGCUCUGCCACAGGCUUCUUGUGACCUUGGCCAAGUCACUAAACCUCUGUGUGCUUCCAUUCCUCAUCUACAGUUUUCUAAGUAAGGGUAUGUUGUGAGGACAAAUACAUUAAGGAUUGUGAGACUCUUAGGUAUCACAGUAAUGGCAGCCAUGGAAGUAUGUUAGAUUAAUAAUGUUGAGAGAUUUUGUAUAGCCAUUGAACUUUAAAUUAAAUGAGGAAAAUCCCUGAGCAGUUGUUUCUUGUCAUGGAAAUUGUCCAAGGUUUUUAUUGCAAAGUUUCUUUGGGUAGUAGGGUGUAAAGAUGUUUAAAGAAUCUUUGACAAUGUAGACAUCUCAGGUUUCACCAACAAAUAAAAGAUAAGAAACCUCA